ACCAGCAAGAACACCAGUCACUCCUAAAACUCUCCGUUCACCUUUCACCUGAGAAUCACCUUUAUAAGCAUAGUUUGUUAAUUCAAGUGGUGCUUGUGGCGGUAUUCAAUCAAGAACCUCUACUCUGAUAACCGUAUCUACAGUCCAGGUCAGUCUUCUCUGUUUUUUUUUUUCCUAACAUAUUUUGUUUUUGAAGUCUGUCUGUGGCGGUCUUCAAUCGAGAAACAUCGCUCUGAGAACUGCCUCGACAACUCAGAAGAAAGGUUGAGUUCAAAUUGUACGUAGUUGGAAGUCUAAAUGGCGAUUGACGGGAGUUUCAGUAUUGAAUAUGAAUUGGGAAGGUUUCUUCGUCGGUGCCCCAGGCUUGCAAUGGUUCCUCAGUUAGAUAAUCUGGUCAAAAAGGGGAAAUAUUUGACAGAGGAAGAGUUGAUUGAUGGGGUAGCCGAGUUAAUUUUACAUCCUCGCUACACAAUUCCAUUGGUGGGAUGCUUUCGUCCGAUAGCACGAAAGAUUGUUGACCGGGUUGUGGCUUUGUUACGUUUGGUACCUGAUUUGACGUCCAAUUCCAAUGAUUCGAUGCUCGAGUUUGAUGAAGGAGUAUUAUUCAAGGAGACUGAAAGUUCAAACUGUGAAGAGGUUAUUUGUGUUAUUAAUUUAUACAUCAAAUGUGGGAGAGGUCUGAGACUUCAUGAGCUUUCCUGUUUGGCAUUUUCACGAACAAUUGAUUUGAUACCUUAUCUAUCCGGGUCUGUAAGGGAUUACUUCAAAUUUGCUCCACCUCCAUUCAAAAGGAUUACGGAGAAGGAAUUAAUGGCCCAGUCGUUAGUGCAGGCAGGAGCUCAUCUAUUAGAUGCUGUGCGAGUAUCACAUCGUCUUCUUUUAGCAGAACCCGAGCUUUUCACCAGGCUAUGGGAUUGGUCCUGUUAUUUGGACCUCGUACAUGAGAUCACUUGUUUUCAUGGAAGACAUAUAGAGCUUUUGGUGGACGUAAGAUGGUGCACGUUACAAACAUUAACAGUGGUUUUGAAGAUGAGUGACAGAUUUAUCCGGAAAAAGAUGAGUGACAUGGCACCUUCAGAUUUAAAAUUUGACGAUGAAGAAGCAUUUGGGUGUUUACUGAGGUGGAAGGAGUUUCUUCAGGAUGUAUCUUUGGAGAAGGCUAGCUGGUAUCUUGAACCAUUUAGGGAAAGCAAAUUGGAUUCUUCUGAGGAAAACAUAAAUUUUGAUAGAGGACCAAACUCACAAUCUCUGGGCCAAAACUCAUCUGCUGUUUCCUGGUCAAAGCUUCCAGAACUUGGGCUACUAAAUUGGAGCAACAUGGAUGGGACAUGGGAUAUGCCUAAAACUGGAAGACCUUUUGUUUUAACAUCUGCUGUGAAGAAAAGUUUUGAGAUGGUGCUGUUGGCGGUGAGUCAGAGGUGGCCUAUUCUUCUUUAUGGUCCAGCUGGUGCAGGCAAAACUGCUCUCAUUAGCAGGUUAGCCCAGGGUCAUGGGAGUCAAGUUCUUUCUAUUCACAUGGAUGAGCAAAUUGAUGGAAAAACACUAAUUGGGAAUUACGUAUGUGCUGAACAACCUGGUGAAUUUAGGUGGCAGCCUGGUUCCCUUACUCAGGCUAUCCUUAAUGGGCUUUGGGUUGUCUUUGAGGACAUUGAUAAAGCUCCUGCAGAUGUACAGUCCAUCUUGUUACCUUUGCUGGAGGGUGCUAGUUCGUUCUUAACAGGCCAUGGGGAGGCAAUAAGGGUUAGUGAAGGCUUUCGUCUUUUUUCCACAGUAUCGAGCUCAAGGUUAGAUGCAUCCAAUGUGACAACAGCUAGGAACUCCCUUGGUGCAUUAUGGAGGAGAGUAAUGGUUGCCCCCCCAAGUAGCAGCGACUUGCAAAGUAUUGUGAAAGCCUGGUACCCGGAAUUGGAAUCUCUUUGUGGAAAACUUAUAGAAACCUUUGAAAAGGUUAAUCAGCUUUCAGGCUUCCAACUUGGAACUUCUGUUACUUUUGCAUCUCCAGGCAGGUUUUCAUUGAGGGAUCUAUUGAAGUGGUGCAAAAGAAUUGCUGGUUUGGGUUUCCAUUUUCUGGGGGAUAAUCUAUCAGCUUAUGUGUCUAAGUGCAUCUAUCAAGAGGCUGUGGAUGUUUUUGCAACCUCUUCAAGCUUAGUGGAAAUGCGGAUGAGAAUUAUGAGAGAGUUAGCAGAGAUGUGGGCAAUACCGAUUUCAAGUGCCAAUACAUUAUUUCCCGUUGACAAACCUGUUGUUCAGGACAUGCGGACUGAUAUACGUAUUGGACGAGUAGCUCUUCAGCGGACAUCGAUGCCUUCAUCUCUUGGGAGCAAGCCAUUCGUUGAGAUUCGUACUUCAUUGCAUGUCUUGGAAAGAGUAGCUGGAUCUGUUAAGUAUAACGAACCUGUUCUUUUGGUUGGUGAAACUGGUACCGGGAAGACAACGCUGGUACAGAAUCUGGCUACAAGGCUCGGUCAGAAACUUACAGUUUUGAAUUUGAGCCAGCAAAGUGAUAUUGCAGAUCUGUUGGGAGGGUUUAAGCCAAUGAAUGCACAAUUUUUAUGCCUCCCUCUUUAUCAGGAGUUUGAAAGUCUGUUUAGAAGCACCUUCUCUUCAAAGGAUAAUGAGAAUUUUCUUGCCAUCUUAAGAAAAUCUGUCAGUGACAAAAAUUGGAACAUGUUAUUUAGUGGUCUUCAAAAGGGUGUUCGGACGGUAGUUAGAAUAGGAAAACACAAGUCUGGUUUAAAAAGAAAAAGGCCGUUGGGUGAAGAAUUAAUAAAAUCAUGGGAGAGUUUCUCUUUAAAACUUGAAGCAGCUCAUGCUCAGAUUGGUGGCUCAGACGGGAUGGUGUUUUCAUUUGUUGAGGGAGUUUUUAUCACGGCCCUAAAAAAUGGGGACUGGAUAUUGCUAGAUGAGGUCAAUUUAGCUCCUCCGGAGACUCUUCAGAGGGUUAUUGGCGUUCUUGAAGAUGAAGGUGGGUCUCUUUGUUUAGCAGAGAGAGGAGACGUCGAUUACAUUUCUAGACACCCGAACUUCCGCAUAUUUGCUUGUAUGAAUCCAGCAACUGAUGCUGGUAAAAGAGAUCUUCCCUUGCCAUUAAGAAGCCGUUUUACAGAGUAUUUUAUGGAUGAUGUGUUGGAAGAUGAAGAUUUGAUUCUCUUUAUCAAUCGAUUUAUGGAUGGCGAUCAUUCAGUUAAAGGAUCAACCAAUAAAGUCUUAAAUUUUUAUAAAAUAGCAAGGAAGGAAUCGGAGGAGAGGCUGCAGGAUGGGGCUAAUCAAAAGCCCCAGUACAGUUUAAGGUCUCUUUAUCGUGCCCUGGAAUAUACAAAGAAGGCGAGACGCACUUUUGGAUUCUUGAAAGCUAUUUAUGAUGGAUUUUCGAUGUUCUUUCUUACUAUGUUAGAUGUUCCUAGUGCCAAGUUAAUGAACACAUUAAUAGUGAGACACCUCUUGGAGGGAAAAGUGGCCCCACAUGUCCCUUUUGAUAGGUACAUCGUGGUCGGGAAGGACUCCAGAUCCGCUGAGUUCUUGGAGAACUAUGUUUUGACUGGAAGUGUCAGGGAGCAACUUAGCAACUUGGCUCGCGCUAUAUUUAUAGGAAGAUAUCCAGUGCUUCUACAAGGGCCCACAUCUAGCGGAAAGACUAGCCUUGUUCAGUAUCUUGCGGCAAUAACUGGCCAUGAAUUUGUGAGGAUUAAUAAUCAUGAACACACCGAUCUUCAGGAAUACUUGGGUUCGUACAUAACUGAUGGCACGGGGAAACUUGUCUUCCAGGAAGGGGUGCUGGUUAAGGCUGUUAGGCAUGGCUAUUGGAUAGUCCUGGAUGAGCUUAACCUGGCUCCAUCUGAUGUGUUGGAAGCAUUAAAUAGGUUGCUUGAUGAUAACAGGGAACUUUAUGUACCUGAGUUGUGUGAAACUAUCCAUGCCCAUCCAGAUUUUAUGCUGUUUGCAACUCAAAAUCCACCUACGUUUUAUGGUGGGCGCAAGAUGCUAUCUCGAGCAUUCCGCAAUAGAUUUGUGGAGAUCCAUGUGGAUGAAAUUCCACAAGAUGAACUGAGCACAAUAUUGGAGAGCCGUUGCAAAAUCCCUGCUAGCUAUGCAAAGAAAAUGAUCGGAGUUAUGAAAGAUUUACAGUUACAUAGGCAGAGUAGUAAAGUUUUUGCUGGAAAACAUGGGUUCAUUACUCCUCGUGAUUUGUUUCGCUGGGCUGAUCGGUUCAGGACGUUUGGAAAAUCGUAUGAAGAUUUAGCACGUGAUGGAUAUUAUCUAUUGGCAGAAAGACUGCGUGAUGAUAAGGAGAAGAAAGUUGUUCUAGAAGUUCUGGAGAAGCAACUUCGAAUUAAACUUUCUAGUAAUGUAUUGUACAAAGAGGAAAAUGCAGCUGGCGAUGCAGUUCUGAACGUGCAAAAAUCUUUGGUCGGUUCUGAGGAUCUUGGGGGGGUUGUCUGGACUGAUAGUAUGUGGCGCUUGWACUUUCUUGUUGAGCGCUGUUAUAGGUUAAGGGAACCAGUGCUUCUGGUUGGAGAAACUGGUGGUGGGAAGACGACAGUAUGCCAGAUGCUAAGUAUUGCGCUGGGAUCCAAGUUGCACAUCUUAAAUUGCCAUCAAUACACUGAAACUUCUGAUUUUCUUGGGGGAUUCUAUCCUGUUCGAGAAAGAUCGGAAUUAGCUUUGGACUUCAAAGUUUUGUGUGAGCAAUUGCUGCAGUCAAAAGCUUAUAAGCACUUUCCUUGUGAAACUCCAAUCUCUUUAGACAUUAAUCAAGCUUCAAAGUCACUUGAUCAAGUGACUAAGAUGAUAGAAUAUUACAGACAAGGUCAAGACCUUCAUCCAGAUGUCUCUGUAAAUGAAGUUGAUUCUGUUGAAGAAAUUAGACAACGCCUAUCUGUACUUCAUCGGAAGUGGUGCACAAUCUUCAAUUGGCAAGAUGGUCCUCUUGUUCAAGCAAUGAAGAACGGUGAUAUGUUUCUUGUGGAUGAAAUUUCUCUGGCUGAUGAUAGUGUUCUUGAAAGAUUGAAUAGUGUCUUGGAACCAGAGAGGAAAUUGUCUUUGGCGGAGAAGGGGGGGUCCGAUCUUGAGAAAAUAACAGCACAUCCGAAGUUUUUUAUUCUUGCUACCAUGAAUCCUGGUGGUGAUUAUGGUAAAAAGGAAUUAUCUCCAGCACUUCGCAAUCGCUUUACAGAGAUAUGGGUACCACCUGUGAGUGAGCUUAAUGAGCUCAAAUGUAUAGCAUUAGAGAAAAUCUUAAAUCCUGAAAUCUCUUUUGUGGUGGAUGUUAUGAUAAAUUUCUGGGAGUGGUUUAAUCAGUUACAAACUGGAAGAAUGCUUACAGUGAGAGAUCUCUUGUCCUGGGUAGAUUUUAUUAAUGUGACUCAGGAAAAUUUAUGUUCAGAGGUUUCAUUAUUGCAUGGUGCCUUCCUUGUUUUGCUUGAUGGAUUAAGCUUAGGUACUGGGAUUUCAAAAAUUGAGGCUGAAGAGUUGAGGGAAAGGUGCUUGUCGUUUCUCAUGGAGCAAUUAAAGCGUUCGCUGCAACAGGAGAGCAAACCGAGAUUGAAUCAAUCAAACCUUUUGACAACGGAAAGUUGUGGUUGGACCGAUCUUCUGAGGUCAGCUGAGGCGCUGUCUAGUAGAGGCAUGGAGACGAACAAUUACUUUGGAAUUCAUCCAUUCUACAUUGAGAAAGGUGAUAACCAUAUAGAGGCUGAAGGAUUUGAGUUUCUGGCGCCAACCACCCGAAGAAAUUCCUUGCGUGUACUGCGGGCUAUGCAGCUUAAAAAGCCUGUUCUAUUGGAAGGAAGUCCAGGUGUUGGAAAAACAAGCUUAGUCCUUGCUCUUGGAAAAUUUUCUGGACAUUCUGUUGUACGGAUAAACUUAUCAGAGCAGACUGACAUGAUGGAUUUACUGGGAUCGGACUUGCCUGUUGAAAGUGAAGAAGGAAUGCAGUUUGCUUGGUCUGAUGGAAUCCUGUUGCAGGCACUGAAGAAUGGAUCUUGGGUUUUGCUUGAUGAACUUAAUCUUGCUCCUCAAUCUGUGUUGGAGGGGUUGAAUGCUAUUCUAGAUCACCGAGCAGAAGUUUUCAUUCCGGAGUUGGGUCAUACUUUCAAGUGCCCUUCAUCUUUCAGAGUUUUUGCUUGUCAAAACCCUUCUUAUCAGGGGGGCGGGAGGAAAGGCCUUCCUAAAUCUUUCCUCAAUCGUUUUACUAAGGUAUAUGUUGAUGAAUUGGUCGAGGAAGAUCAUCUGUUCAUCUGUACUUCUUUGCACCCAUCUAUCCCAGUUUCUUUGCUUUCAAAGCUGAUUGCAUUCAAUAAGCGUCUGUACGAGGAUACCAUGUUAAACCAUAAAUAUGGACAAGCUGGAUCCCCAUGGGAGUUCAAUUUACGAGAUGUUAUUCGUUCAUGUCAGAUCAUAGAAGGUGCUCCUGAAAGUUCAAAAACUGAUUGCUUUUUGAACACUGUAUAUGUCCAAAGGAUGCGUUCAUCCACAGAUCGUCAAGAAGUCAUUCAGCUAUAUGAGCAGGUUUUUGGGUUAAAGCCGUUCAUAAAUUUAUACCCAAGGGUGCAGCUUAGUCCAGAAAACUUGAUUGUCGGGAGCACUUGUGUGAAAAGGAAUAAUAUUCAAUCUUCAUCGGUAUCUUCCUGUGAACUAAAAAUUCUCCCGGGGAUGCGUCAAAGUUUGGAAACUGUUGCACAGUGUUUGCAGCAUCAGUGGUUGGUCUUGCUGAUUGGUCCAGCAGCAUCUGGUAAAACUUCUUUGAUAAGAUUAUUGUCAGAGCUCACUGGCAAUGUGCUAAAUGAACUUAACCUUUCGUCUGCUACGGAUAUAUCUGAGUUACUUGGAUGCUUUGAGCAAUAUAAUGCUAUUCGCCAUUAUCGUCUGGCCAUUGAACAUGUUGAACGCUACAUGAACGCAUACUGUUGCCACCAGAUGGAAAUGUCAGUCGAGGCAUUCACGAAACGGAAGGAUUUGAUCAGCCGUUGGCUUUCCUUCUCAUCAAGUAUCGAUCACAGCUCUGCGAGUUUCGUUUCUGCCGGAAAUUGUAGUACGGGACCCUUUCAUGCUCUACCUUUGUUAGUCGAUAUCAUUGAGGAUCUAAAAUUGGAUUUGGAAAACGAUAGCGAAGAUCUCGAUAGAUUGCUGAAGACUGUUAGAAAGUUGCAAGAUGAUCAGAGGAAACUGCUUUAUCCUGCAAAGUUUGAAUGGGUAACUGGGUUGCUUAUUAAGGCUAUAGAGAAUGGAGAAUGGAUUGUACUCGAGAAUGCAAACCUCUGCAACCCUACGGUUCUUGAUAGAAUCAACUCUCUAGUCGAGCAGUCUGGAUCAAUAACAGUUAAUGAAUGUGGAACGCUGGAUGGAAAACCGUUGGUCCUUCGUCCUCAUCCUCAUUUUCGGAUGUUCCUCACUGUUAACCCUGCGUAUGGUGAAGUAUCACGAGCAAUGCGAAAUAGAGGUGUUGAAAUUUAUCUGAUGCAGCCUUACGGUUUACUUGGUGAAACCUAUGGUGAGAAUGAACUCAAAGACGUGAAGAGAUUUCUUGUCCUCUCAAAUAUACCGGGUGGCAAUUUAGUUGAUGCAAUGGCUAAAGCACAUCUUUCUGCCAAGUGUGGUGGGUUGCAGCAUAAUGUUAACAUUUCGAACCUUGAGCUUAUGCGAUGGGUACAGUUAUUUCAGCGGCUUCUCACAAAUGGAAAUCAGGCCUUGUGGAGCCUGCAAAUUAGCUUUGAGCAUACGUAUCUUUCCUCUUUAGGCGAAAUUGAGGGAAAAGGUAUUAUUGAUGAAGCAAUUGGUUCUUACUUAUCAAUGCCUGAACUUUACAAUUAUAAAUCCUGCUCAGAUUGUUCUUUAUGCUUGCCUGGAGGAUGGCCUACAACUUUGAUGGUACGCGAUUUUGUAUGGCACUCGAUGGAAACUUCUGUUAAACAAAACUGCAUGUUUCUAGAGUAUCUGGGUACUCAGAUGGCCUCACAUUCAUUUCGGGUUUCUUUGGGUCAGUGCCCAGUGGUAAAGUUUUCGUGUUCUUUGAGGACAUACUUGACGGAUAUAGAGCUAUUGCGUGGCAUGAUAUUUCCAGAAGCUUCAGAUGUUACAGGGUUGGUCGCUGGUAACCAAACAAGAUUUGAUGUGGCAUUCACAUACAAAAGGCUUCAGUUUGCUGCUAACUGGACCAUUGAACAGGCUACGGAAAAUGGCCUUAAAGUGUAUCUUAUAUGGUUUGGACGGUUUGGUGAUUAUUUAAGGGGAUAUUGCUCAUUCUUUUGUUCUUUCCUAGAACUUCUGAACAAAGAACUGGACCAUUCUAUCUGGAGCUGUAUUAGACACUGUCGUGGGGUUCUUAUGGCGCAUGAUGGUGAUAAUAGGGAUUUGAUAUCGGAACCAAUGCUUUCACUGGAUGUAGCCAACUUGAAUGCAUCAGUAUCGAAGUCGUGUAGCCAACUUCUUGCUAAUGCCAUCAAUUGUGUUGGAUUGUUAAGGCUUAGCUAUCAACAGUGGCAUGCCGAGAGUGAGUUUGAGUAUGGUGAUAAGACACGGUGUUUCAUUCCUGUCUUACAAUCCUUAAGAAGGCUUGAAGAAAGAAUUCUUGAUAUGCUCGUUGAGACUCCUUUCUUUGAUUUGCUUUUCGAACUCUAUAGCAAACUCAUUGAUGAUCACAUAUCUGCUUGGAAUGGCUUAGUUUCGUCUCAGUUUGAUUGCAUGUUCAUUUCUUGGCGCUCUUUGGCAAAGGCUGCCAAAAAGUUGAAGGAGUUCUGUGCAAAUGAAGUAGAAACAUUUCAGGAUGACAUCAAAAAUUUGGAAAGAGGUCUUUCUUGGUCUUUGAAUUCACAGAGGUCGUUGCUGUGGGCAUAUGGUGGUCAUCCAUUUUCACCUUCUUCUGUUGAGAUAUAUAAAAAACAACAACAAUUUGUCAACCUUUGUCAUUCAAUUUGGACGAGAGAGAUCAGCCUUCAGGAACUAGCUUUUUGCUCAUGUUUUUUUGUAGCCCAUGAAGGCUUCAUUGAGGCUGCUGUUUCUACCAAUCGUGAACUACGUUUUCUUGCCAUGCAAGGUGUUUGCAUGUCUGCAUAUAUCAUGAGCAAGGUGGAUGAAGACGACCUUGAUGUCUUAAAGCAGUUGGAGGAGAUGUUUCAGAUCCUAUUAAGCAAGUUCCAUUACGAAAAGGACAAUCUGGAAAGGACUGCUGGGACGGAUGAGCAAGUGUCAUUGUCUGCUGAUGUAUCUAACUGUUGUGUAUUGAACAUAGACAUGCUAUGUCAACCUUCUGGUUUGAGCUGUUGGCUAGAUACUUCGCUUAUAAAUGAUUAUAACAGCUUUGGUCUUGAUAUGAGGCUACUUCAAGAGCUAUCCAAUAUCGUCACUCUUGAUGGGAGGGAACUGGAAUCUGGUUUAUCUCGUUUGCGUUGGCUUCUGGAAUCUACCUUGAAGUUUUCACUUAACUUUUCUUCAAGGCCUCCGAGCGAUUUCUCUCCUUAUCAGAAAGUUGUAUGGAUUCUUGAUGCAUGGACCUCUGUCAAUUCUGCUCAUGCAAGCAUUUCUAGUACGGUUCUAGAGAUGUGGUUUAAUUGGCACACAUCUUUGUGGAAGCAUCAUCCAAAUCGUGAGAAGAACAUUUUGAGCCAACAUGGUAGUGCAGGUCUGGUACCGAACAUGCUUUUUCAGCCGGUAGCAACACUGUCCUUAGACAAGAUUCUGCGACAUCCAAUUGGCAUCAAAGAUCUUAAUGCGCAUAGCUUGAAACUUGGAGUUGCUUCCCAUAAUCUAUGGAUAAGUUCUCCACAUGUUGCUGAGUGCCGUCGUUUCUUUCUGUCCUCUGGUCGAUCUCUCUUUCAGCAGAUAAUACUUGCCCAUGAAAAGUCCUUCGAAGAUGAUGACUAUUCUUUGAUGAGAUCUGUAUUCUUUUCAGCUCAGGUAAAGCAAACUGAUGUGAGUGUUAUUACCUCUCUUCUCGCAUCAUCAAACCAUGAGGUUCUGAAGUCCUUAAUAAAUCCAUUUAUCGAGCCACUGCUUCAUGUGCUAUAUGGCAAGAAUUCUACAGAUUCCUUGUUUGAUCUCGGUUGUGCCUGGUUACGAAUUGGGGGUUUGCGUUAUCAUCUUUUGGUACGCUGCGAUGAUGUGGAUCCGGCGGUGAAGAAGAAUUUCAAAUAUUUUCAACUUAUGGAGAGGAUUGCCUCACUUGAACUAGAUAUAGAAGUGCGACGUGAGUGUGUGCAUCUUGCAGGAUGUUUCUCGUUAAGUGAGGCUGACAAGGACAGAACAAAAUUACUAAACAAUCUUAAAGCUGAAAGAAACAGGCUCCGAAGACAGGUUGUGUUCCGUUCUGCUCCUGGGAAAUUUAAGAAGUUGAGAUCUGAAUGUGACGAUUUUUUUAAAUUAGUUUCAACUCCCUUUGGUCUUGUAAAGAACAUGGGGAAUUUAAAAAUGCAACGAGUUGCUGACCAGGUGUAUAAUUGGCAGGAAACUGCAACACGUUUUGUGGACCGAUUAUCUAAUGAAUACUCUGAGUAUGUUGAUAUUGUUCAACCAAUUCAGCUUGCAAUAUAUGAGAUGAAAUUAGGCUUGUCACUGGUUCUGUCAAGCAAUCUACGGAAUCAAUUUUUGGAUAGAGUUGGGCAGAAUAAUAUCGAUGCUGUUCUGGCAGCAAUUUAUUCAUUUGUAAGGUUCCCUAGAGGCAUCACAAGAAAAGAUGUUUCUUAUAUAGAGGAAAGUUUCCAUGCCAAACUUUCAUGCUUCGAUAACGCGUUCCCUACUUAUAUUGGGGAAGAUGAUAUGAACAUGGUGGAAAGUUUGGUCACUUUUUCGAGAGGCAAUAACAAUGAUGAAGCGGGAUCUGUUUUGCAAAUGAAAGCUUCAAUUCAGCAAAAUGUUCUUCUUCGUGUGGUGCAUUAUGUGGCUCAGGCGCAUUUUUUUGACAAUGCAUCGUUCAAGCUCUUGGAUAGGAUGUUUGAUUCGUUUGCAGACCUUUGGAUGAAAAUGAAAAUUCAAGUUAGAACCAAAGAAGAGCUUGAUUCCCAACAGUACAGAUUCAGGCCUCGUGCUUUCGAUAUUAAAAAUAUCAUCGAAAUGGAUGUCUCAACCCUUGAAAGUUCAAUUGCAAAUGAAGCAUUUUCAGAGUGGAAGGAGUUAGCUUUUGAGGAAGUAUCUGUUGAACGGAACAAUGCUGAUGAAGAGCAUGAAAUAUUAGAGCAAGAUUGGAAUGUGCUGCUGGAAUCUAUGCUGAACAACAUGGUGAAUGUCUAUACUACAGUAUUUGGUUCAACAGAUCUCCUUCAACCGGCUGGAAGUGUUGAAGUAUCUGAUUCUGAAAGGCUGUAUUCUUUCUUGGACUCCUACGCUAUGGGUACUAGAGUAAUAAAAGAUCUAGAGGGCCUACUGUGUUCAAGUUUGGAUUCUAAGCUUAUCCCAGAACAUGUACUACGCCUCUGCUUGGGGCAUGAUCAGAAUUUUGUUUCAUCUCCUCUACAAACACAUGCUUACAACUUCUACAAGGAUUCAAAUGCUUCGUUGUUGGCUAAGAUGGUGGUUCCAGUUAUGAAUCUUCAACAACGAAUUCGUCAUCUUCUUAGCGAAUGGGAUGAUCAUCCUGCUCUUCAGAAAAUUGUGGACGUGGUUGAUAUGAUCUUGUCUAUACCUUUUGGUACCCCUCUUGCUAAGGCUUUGUCGGGCUUGCAGUUUUUACUUAAUAGGGUUCGGAACCUUCACGAAACAGUUGCAAAGUUCCCGCUUUCUGAUCAAUUAGAUCCGAUCAUUGCUCUUGUGUCGUCAUGGCAAAAGAUGGAGUUUGAAUCAUGGCCUGCUUUGCUGGAUGAAGUUCAAGCUCGGUUUGAUACUAAUGCUGGCCAGUUAUGGUUUCCGUUAUACUCAGUUCUUCGACAAAGUCAUUCUGCUGAUACCGAUAGCUAUAGUCAGCCCACCAUGGAGAGCUUGGAGGAGUUUAUUCAGACCUCAAACAUUGGUGAAUUCAAAAAGCGUCUUCAACUUGUGUUUGCCUUCCAUGGCCAUAUCAGUACUGCUAGAAGUCAAGGAUGUAAUUCAAGCCGUGGCCAUGAGGACAAUCUGAAGAUUCUAUACAAUACGUUUGGCUUCUACAUUCAGUUCCUGCCUAUUAUUUUGGAGAAGUUAGCAUCAAAUAGAAAGAGUAUUGAGUCGGAGCUGAAUGAACUACUGAAGUUGUGCCGGUGGGAACGCAGUGAGUGGUAUUUGACAAUGGAGACUUCAAAGCGGACACGUGAGAAAUUUAAAAAACUGAUUCAAAAGUAUACUGAUGUGCUCAAGCAACCUGUGAUGCUUAUUCUUACUCAAGAAGCAGCUCGAAGCGGAAUAAAAACGAUAGCAGUUCAAGGUCCCAAUUUAUUUAGCGAUUCUUUUGAGAGAUACAAGCAAGUUCUUGGUGUUGCUUGCCAUGAAACUAUGUUCAAAAACAAAAAGAGAUUCAUGUGGCCCUCCACUUGGAGGGAUAAAGUUGAUGUUUCAUUGGAAGAUAUGCGGCGUGCAAAGACUAUCCCGUUGGAAGAAGCUAAAGGCAAUAUAAAUAUAGUCAGCAAGUUCAUUGAUUUCCAGUCCUCAAGUGAUCUGGCAAAGGAAGAGUGGAGACAGGUUCGCCACACAUUUGAAAAGAUCAGCACAAAUAUCAUAGAUUGUGGUGAACUUUGGAAGGAUGAAAAGAAGAGUUUAGGAAAGAGAAGGGCUCUUUCUGAACUUCUAAAGCUAUUGGAUGGUUGUGGACUGUCUAAGCAUAGAUCGACAUUCAUGGAGCCUACGACAAAUAAGUCAAGCCGAUGGUUUCUCCAACCAGCCUACAUUAUGGAGCAUUUGCUACUCAAGGAAGGUCGAUUGUCCUCUGGGAACGUUGAUGUCGCUGAUCUUGAUAAGGUUCAAAAUCUUCACAUGGAUAAUCUAGAAACCGACUGGAAAAUGGCAAAUGAAUACUUCUUCAAAAGCAUAGCUUCCCUGGGCCAUUUGCGACAAGUCUGCUUGAAAUUUCACAAGGAUUUUACACUUGAACAGGUUAAUAGGUCUGUUUCUUACCUUGAUCAUCUUGUUGAGAUACAAAAAUCACAUAGAGCUGCUGCCUAUGAUUUUGCUGAGGGGUUGGAACGUUUUAAGAAGCGAACUUUGCCACUACAGAACUUAUUCUCCAGCUCACUUCCUUCACCUGGUCUGCCCGGUUCUGUCUGCUCCUUUUCACACAAUCAGGAGAUUGUUUCCAAGUGCAUCUGGCGACAAAAGCAAUUGGUUGAUACUAUUUUCAACACCUUAAAUGAUGAGUGUUUGUUGCUAAGAAGUGUUGAAAACAACCAUGUAGAAACUUGCAAGAGUGUUGGAGCUGCGGCCACUCAAAUUCGUCUUUUCCUAGAGAAGUUUGUUUUCGACUUCAAGAAAUCCAAGGAAUUGCUGGAUAAUUAUCUUUUUGGCGAUUGUGGCAGUCUAAUAAGCACAUCAGUUAUACUGUAUCCAUAUGGCAUCACGAAGCAAAUGGAACWGUUUGUCCAACAUAACUUUUUGUUAAUUAGGGAUUUCAAGGAGCAAUUACGUGCUUUUCGCAAGCAAGAUGUGCAUGCAGGAUUAGCAAAGGAUGUUCUUCUUGACCAUUUUGAGGACAUCUUCAAGAAGGGCGACCUUUUAGAUGAAUACUAUAAUUCUGCUUUAGGUGCAAGGAAUCAGCCAGAAAAGGUCAAAGAAGCCAUUGAUAUUUCCAAAGCUGAAGCUGCGUUUGGCGAGUCUCUUAGGAAAACAUGCAAAUACAUUGUUGAUGGAUUUGAUAGAGUUAACUUGAUGAAUAAUGGGCUUGAUACUUCGGAAGAUAACCUUGGAAAUAUCAAUACCUGGCUAUUUCUGUUUGCUUCUAGAGUAGAGAAUCUACAGUUGCACACUGUACAUGACGAAUUAGUGAAAACGCUCGACUUUGCUGGAGAACUCAUGAACCUCUAUGGGAAUGAAGAAACGAGUCUGUGUUUCGUUGAGGCACAGCUGAAGCAUCUGUAUUCGCUGUUGGACCUAUUGAUGACCUUUGGAAAUGGUCUUCUUAAUGACUUUAUGGUGGUGCACAGAACAUUGUCUAUAGUUACUCAUGUGCUUGCGGAGAUUUUUGCUUCAUUAUACUCGCAAGGUUUUGGAAGCUCCACGGAAAGCCAAGAGGAUGAUGGUCAUGAUGAUGCUCGAGAUGCUAGUGGAACUGGUAUGGGUGAGGGUGUUGGGGUUAAAGAUGUCAGUGAACAGAUAGAAGAUGAAGAUCAACUAGUUGGAACUGAAAAGUCAGGUGAAGAACAAGAUGCGUUGAAUGAUGUUCCCGGUAAAAAUGAUAAAGGUAUAGAGAUGGAACAAGAUUUCACGGCUGAUGCAUUGAGUGUUAGUGAGGAUUCUGGUGAUGAUUCUGACGAUGAAAAUGAUGACCCACAAUUGGAUUCUGCCAUGGGAGAGACUGGAGAUGACGGUGAAGUUGUUGACGAGAAGAUUGGGGCUGAUAAGGAUGAUGAAAAUGAUGAAAAUUCCAACAAAAAUGAGAAAUACGAGACUGGGCCGUCGGUUAAGGAUGAUGAUUGUAGUGGCAGAGAGCUUAGAGCCAAGGAAGAUGAUGCAACCGCUACUGAUGAAGCCGGAGAACUUGAUCCUGAUGAAUCUAACAAACCGAAUGAAGAAAAUGUAGAUCAAAUUCCUGAUGAAAACGAUGAUGUUGAAGAUAUGAACAUAGACAAAGAUGAUGCAUUUUCUGAACCGACAGGAUUGAAGCCUGAUGAGCCUGCUGUGGGUUCAGAUGAAGAUAUUGACAUGAAUCAGCAAGAUGUUGAUCACAAUGAAGAUGAUGGAACGGAAACGAUGGAUGAACCAGCUGGGCUUGAUGAUAAUGAAGAAGAAAAGAUGAACCCCGUGGAAGAAAAUCCCGAUGAAACUGAGCCCAAGCUGAGUGAAAAUUCUGAGAUGGAUGCUGGUGAAGAUGACCAAGAAAAGAAUGGUGAUGCAGACAUGGAGGCACCGAGGAAAGAUGUUACAGCACCAGUUCCGACUGAUUUUGGUACUGAACAUCAGUCAAAUGCCGAAUCUGCUACUCAGUCGAAAGGUGGGUCAAAUGGAGCAUCUAUGAGAGACGUUGCACCCGAAGUCACAUGGUCCAAUAGCGAUGAUAUACAAAGUGACUUGGCUCCUAUUCGAGGUUUACCUAAUUCUUCAGAGAAUGAAAUUAAUAUAGCGGAUUCAUCCAAAGGUGGGAAACUAAACGAUGAGCAUAUUAGUCAAUUACCAGAGUUUGAUCCUUCAUCUCUCCAGAAAAACGAGCCUAACCCGUUUCGUAAUAUUGGUGAUGCACUUGAUGGCUGGAAAGAGAGAGCAAAAGUGUCAGUUGAUUUGGAAGAAAAGAAUGAUGAAGCUAUCGAUGAAAUAGAGGAUGGAGAUGCAGAUGAGUAUGGAUUUACUUCUGGAUUGGAAAAAGGAACAGCUCAGGCACUCGGACCUGCAUCAGCCGACCAAAUCAAUAAAAAUAUCGAUGGGAAGGAGCCCAUGGAUGGUGAUAGUGACGGUGAUGGUGGAACAGCAGACAAGAAAGAUGUUUCGGAAAUGGAAAUUGAAGAGCAGCAUCUUGAAGCUCGACCUGUUAAGAAUCAUCCAUUAAACAUCGGAAAUACUGUCCAUGAAAAGAUUGAAAUCCCGGAAGCCGAGAUCCCACAAGAAACCCCAGAAGUUUAUGAUGCUGGUGAAAGUGAUGAACGGAGCCAAUUGGAUAGUUUGGUGCACAUGAAAAGGUCUUGUAUGAACGACGAUAUAAACCAAUUUGGUAAACUUUCUGUCAGUGACGAUGAUCUGGGGAAAGCCCAGAAUCUUGACGAUAUUUCCGCUGAUAUGAAAGGGGCUGCUACUGCUUUAUGGAGAAGAUAUGAGUUGCAGACAACGAGAUUGUCUCAAGAACUGGCCGAGCAGUUGCGUUUGGUCAUGGAACCGACUCUUGCUAGCAAGCUUCAAGGGGACUAUAAGACCGGAAAACGGAUUAAUAUGAAGAAGGUAAUUCCUUACAUUGCAAGUCACUAUCGGAAAGAUAAAAUAUGGCUGAAGCGGACGCGUCCUAAUAAACGUAACUAUCAAGUUGUGAUUGCCGUGGACGAUUCUCGCAGCAUGUCGGAGAAUAAUUGCGGGAAUGUUGCUAUUGAAGCUUUGGUAACAGUUUGUCGUGCGAUGUCUCAACUGGAAGUCGGGAACUUGGCAGUCGCAAGCUUUGGGAAAAAGGGAAAUAUUAGGUUACUACACGACUUUGAUCAGCCAUUCACUGGGGAGGCCGGAGUUAAGAUGCUCUCGAGCCUGACAUUCAAACAAGAGAACACAAUUGCCGAUGAGCCGAUGGUUGACCUACUGAAAUACUUAAAUAACACGCUGGAUGCUGCUGUAAUGAAUGCACGACUACCAUCGGGCCAAAAUCCAUUAGAGCAGCUUGUUUUGAUCAUUGCUGAUGGCCGACUACAUGAAAAGGACAAUCUGAAGCGUUGCGUUAGAGACAUCUUGAGCAAAAAACGUAUGGUUGCUUUUCUGCUGUUGGAUAAUCCAAAGGAAUCAAUAACAGAAGUAUUGGAAGCUUCGUUCGAAUCUGGGAAGUGCGGUCUAGUUAAAUAUAUGGAUUCCUUCCCAUUCCCGUUCUACGUGAUCCUCAAGGACAUUGAGACUCUUCCAAGAACACUUGCUGAUUUAUUAAGACAAUGGUUCGAGCUUAUGCAACAUUCGGGGGCGUAAAAGUGUCGAUGGUUGGCUUUUGCACAUGAAAGUUUUGAAAGAAAUGUAGGUAGGGUUUUCAAUAGAAGAUGAUGCAUUGCAUUUGUAUUGUAUAUACAAGUCUUUCCUCAUCUGAAAUUUUGUAUCAGUGAAAACCCCCAAUCUUUAUAAUAUAUAUGCUGGAGCUACUAUUCUUUCUAUGGUUUCAA